AUGACAAAGAAUUGCUAUAAAUGGCUCGAGGAGCAGGACAAGAGCAAUUCUCAGUCGAAGAAUAGUUCUCAGCAGAAGAAUAAGGGCAAGAGUGGUGAAACUCUCAUCACUGUCACAGGAACGCUUUACACGGCGAGUGGAUCCAGCUCAAACAUUCUCCUAGCAGGAGCUGUCUCACAAUCGCACUUGUGGCAUAGUCGCUUGGGCCACAUGAGCGAGAAAGGAAUGAAGGUACUAAGGCCGAGAGGACUUUUGCCCGAGUUGGAGUCUGUGGACGUGGGUCUCUGCGAGCAAUGCGUGCUUGGAAAGCAGAAGCGAAUAGAUGAGAUCGAGCGUACAGAAGAAGAGGCAGAACCAGAAUUGGAUGAACCGAUUGCUGAGAGCAGCACGCCUCUGGCACUGGGCCGAGAACUAAGGAUGAGAAGGGCCCCGGACAGUGUUGAGCAUGGUAGCGGCGGAAAACUUAGAGUUGCAACAGUUAGAUGUGAAGACGACCUUUCUGCAUGGGGAUCUCGAGGAAGAAAUUUACAUAGUGCAGCCAGAGGGGUAUUGAGGAAAUGUUCAACAGGUCUGCCGCCUAAAGAAGAGCUUGUACGGACUGAAACAGGCUCUUCGACAGUGGUAUCGAAAGUGCGAUAA